AUGCUUAACCGGCCACCUCAGGUCCUGUUGACUACCCUCGCUACACUUCAAGCCCAUCACCUCACAGAAGAUAGUCGAGUUCUUGAAUUUAUCUUAGGGGUCCGAGCCAAAAUGACGCCGCGGAUAGCUGCAAACUUUGCCCGACCAACUAAAGAGGAUCUCUUAUACCAAACGGAGUGUGGCAGUAGUCUAUGCCAAAGAACUUGUCUUGGUGGCUCCGGUCGAUCAGAUUCAAAGCACUCCAAUAUUCAUCGCUUCAAUGUCCCUCUAGACCUUAACGCAGUUCCCUUGAUUUCAAACUUCUGUUUGCAACCAGAAGACUCACCGUCACGGAAAGUUGCAGUUCUUCAUGGCCUUGGCGGAAUGGGAAAGACGCAGCUAGCGGUUCGCUUCGCACGAGAUCAUCAAAAUGAUUUUACGGCGAUCUUCUGGCUGAGUGGUAAGGAUCGCGAGUCGCUCGUGCAAUCGUUGAGUGUUGUCUUGAGCCAAUUACCAGGACAGACCUCGAGUAACGAAGCGAGUAUUGAUACAGAUGUGGAGCAAUAA